CACGAGCUGAACUACAUUACCCAUAGUGCGUAGCUUCAGCACAUUCAGUACAUUCUGCUUAUCCGGGGAUGUCGCACCGCUGCUAUUUUCUCCCUACAGUCCCUCUCACUAUCAACCCACAGCUCAAGAGGACUGACACGGGUCUCUGGCUGGAAACAGACCGAGAAUAGGACGCCAACCGGAGGCCAAGAAGAAAAAAAAACAUGGCCGAACUCGGCGCGGGGAGCCUGCCGUUGGGAGAACCAGCUUUUAGCUACCAGCAGGAACAGGAGCUGAACGAGCGGCUGAAGCGGCUCUACCCGGCUGUGAACGAGGAAGAGACCCCUUUACCCCGAUCCUGGAGCCCCAAGGAUAAAUACAGCUACAUCGGGCUGUCACAGAACAACCUGCGGGUCCACUACAAAGGCCAUGGAAAGAACCAUAAGGAUGCAGCGUCAGUGCGAGCCACUCACCCGAUCCCCGCCGCCUGCGGGAUUUACUACUUCGAAGUGAAGAUUGUCAGUAAAGGUCGAGACGGGUACAUGGGCAUCGGCCUGUCUGCACAGGGAGUCAACAUGAACAGACUGCCUGGAUGGGACAAGCACUCGUAUGGUUACCACGGCGACGACGGCCACUCGUUCUGCUCCUCCGGGACGGGCCAGCCAUACGGGCCGACGUUCACCACAGGCGACGUGAUUGGCUGCUGCGUCAACCUGAUCAACAACACCUGCUUCUACACCAAGAACGGCAUCAGCCUAGGUGUUGCCUUCACGGACCUUCCUCCCAACCUGUACCCCACCGUGGGGCUCCAGACGCCUGGAGAGAUCGUCGACGCCAACUUUGGCCAGCAGCCGUUCGUCUUCGACAUCGAGGACUACAUGAGCGAAUGGCGGGCGAAGAUUCACGGGAUGAUCACCAGCUUCCCGAUCGGCGAGCGGCUGGGGGAGUGGCAGGCCGUCCUGCAGAACAUGGUGUCCAGCUACCUGGUGCAUCAUGGGUAUUGUGCGACUGCGACAGCGUUUGCCAGAGCCACAGAGACCACGAUACAGGAGGACCAGACGUCUAUAAAGAACCGGCAGAGAAUACAGAAGCUGGUUCUGGCGGGUCGGGUCGGUGAAGCCAUCGACGCCACCCAGCAGCUCUACCCAGGUCUGCUGGAACGUAACCCGAACCUGCUCUUCAUGUUGAAGUGUCGGCAGUUCGUGGAAAUGGUGAACGGGACGGACAGCGAGGUUCGCUGCCUGACGGUUCGCUCCCCAAAGUCCCAGGACAGUUACCCCGGCUCCCCAAACCUCAGCCCGCGGCACGCCGCCAGCGGCACGCACGUCCACAGUGGAGGAGCGGAAAGCCCCACCUGCAGUAACGGCGUCGCCCCGCCCAACAAGGCGAAGGUUCACGGCGGCAGCAGCAUCAAAUACCCGAGCGCCUCCUCCACCUCCUCAUCCAGCUCCUCCUCCCCGUCCUCCAUAAACUACUCCGAAUCCAACUCCUCCGACUCCACCAAGAGCCAGCCACACAGCGCCAACAGCAACCAGGAAACCAGCGACAGUGAGAUGGAGAUCGAGGCGGAGCAUUACACCAACGGCGUGGUGGACGGCUCUUCGGCGCGGAUCAUGAACGGCACGUACCGACAUGAAGAGAUCCUGCAGCCCGACGACAACAGCAUCUGCAACGGGGUCACAGACAAGGGCCGCAGGAGCAGCAAGCAGCUGUGUGGGGGGAACCAGGCGGCCACAGAGAGGAUGAUCCAGUUCGGACGGGAGCUGCAGGCGCUCAGCGAACAGCUGAGCCACGACUACGGCACCAACACCACGCACAAGAAGAUGUUACAGGAUGCAUUCAGCCUGCUGGCGUACUCGGACCCCUGGAAUUGCCCGGUGGGCCAGCAGUUGGACCCCACGCAGCGAGAGUCGCUCUGCUCCGCUCUUAACAGCGCCAUUCUGGAAUCCCAGAACCUCCCCAAGCAGCCGCCGCUGAUGCUGGCGCUGGGCCAGGCCACCGAGUGCGUCCAGCUCAUGGCCCGGGUCCGGUCCGGUUCCUGCUCCUUCGCCAGGAUAGACAACUUUUUGCACUAGCCCCGCCCCCCCCCCCGACCCGGUCAGGUAACUGCUGAGCAGCACUGAGAUGUCUAGCUGGUCGUUGCCAUGGUGACGAAGAGGCGAGCAUGCGUCUGAUUGGAUCAGAGAAGAGAAGGGAAGGAGGCUUCCUAUUUAAUUUAGUAUUAUCAGAUUUAAUAAAUGUGUGACACUAUUUAAAUAUUAUUAUUAUUAUUAUUCAGUUUAUUUAGCCGUUUUUUUGUUUUGUUUGUUUUUUUUAGUAUUUUUGUCAGUUUGUUGUGCUCAUCCUGGACAAACUAAUCAUAUUCCCCCCUUUUUUAUUUUAUUAGUAUUGUUAUUUUCUUUUACUGUAAUGGUUGGACUUCAAUUCCUGUCGUCGGUUUUGUUGUUUCUGUUUUCCCGGAUCUUUCAGAACCAGAACCAGAACCCAUAAGAACCAGAAAUAAUUCAACCCGAACCGGACGAGCUUUAAAUGCUGAGCAACGUAAAAAUGAGCUUGUAGCGAUUAAUUUCAUCUGGAUUUUACUGCAAACAGUGAUACAUUUGAGAAACAUGAAUUUAA